AUGACUGGUGAACUGUUUGUUACGAGCAAGAGCGCCGGCUCUGGCUCACUUUGUGCGUUUUCGUGCAACACGGUCCGACAGCAAGCCAGCCCCCUUCUAGCCAUGCUCGUUUCAGGGAAAGUCAUGAAAGAGGUGGAGGCACGAAAUCAGAAUGGCUCAUGUGUCUAUCCCAUGAAGUGGUACAACUCCUCCGACGGCACCAUCACCUGCUGCAGCAUCGAUCCUUGCCGCCUCGAAACCUGCCUCAAACGGAGGAAGAUAGGCUCUGCAACGGCAUUUUCAACAAGAAUUUCAUCUUCAGCAACAGAAACUUCGUCGUCAUUUGCGUCGAAAACAAUCAUGUCGUUAGAUACUACUGGGCGGAUCACUGUCCAACCCAUCGACGAGGACACAAGCACAGAGCCAUCGCAACCGAGCACGUCCACAUCGUCGACUCGCUCGCCGUUCUCAUCACCCUCAUCACCCUCUUCGUCUUCUACUUCGUCAUCUUCCACCUCAUCUCCUCCUUCCAGCACAGCGUCUACAAUGCGAGCCUCCGGUGUUACACACACAAUUCCCAAUGAUUCCACCGUCACAGUGACAAGGCAUACCACUAUAACCCAGGAACUGCCCACAACCACGGCCAUGGACUCUGCAGCACCAUCCACCACCGACGUGGCCCAAGUACCUGACGUUUCUUCCAUCUUUGGGACGCCACCUCCUACAAACACACCAACAUCAACUUCAAAUCCACAGCAACCAGCCGGCGCCGUCAACACGGGCGCUGUUGUCGGUAUCGCUGUGGGCGGUGCGUUUGCUGCUGCUCUGGUAGCCGUCUUGCUUUGGCUGUGGAGGAGCCGCCGCAAUCGCGCGGCGGAGGAAGCAGAAGACGGGAGCGAGCCCAUGUUUGUGGAUAAGUCGAGGCUGCAUGACAGCAUCUUUGGCCGACGGCCCACGUCUGCCUCGCUGCCGAGGCACCCUACGCCGCAUGAAGCCACAGGACGAGGAUACGGCUAUGAUCCCUUUGCACCAUUCGGAGGGCGGGCUGAUCAACCAACCGGGACAAAGCCUCCACUGCCUCCCGACACAUUCGAGAUGGAUGGCCGAGAGAUUCAAGUUGUGGAACUUCCGGGCACGGCCAUGACGACCGCUGAUGGCGGCGCCGUGGAGAUGCAGAGACAAGACACGCGAUCAGUAGGGGCGGUUAAGCACCGCCCUAGCUCUGAUCCGCGAGCCACGCUUAACCACUUGCCCCAGGAUAAUGGACGGCCAACCUACAUCAACCAAUGGAACCAGUAUAAGGCGCUGGCAAGAAAUUCCCUGAACAGAUUGUAG